AUGCUGUUCUUCCAGCUGUUGUUGUACCCUCGGCUGUCGAAACGAAUAGGGGCGACGAGGUCGCAGCGCUGGGCGUGCUUCCUUUCAAUCCCUGUAUUUAUCGUGUUCCCGACGCUGUCCCACCUUCGUGAUACCGAGAGGACGCUCGUCGCGGCCUCCCUGGUUUUGUUGUUCCUGACCAACGCAGUAGCCAACACGGUUUUCAUCAACGUUGCUCUAGCAACAAACAAUGCGGUGGGUCCGUCUCGACGCGGGACGCUGACCGGGCUGUCGAUGACGACAGGCUCGCUGGCCAAGGCCGCCGGCCCAACAUUUUUCUCGUCGAUUUUCGCUUGGUCGAUCGACGGGCGUCGCCGUCCUUUCCCCCUCGACUACCAUCUGGCCUUCUACCUGUUGGCGCUGGGGAUGGUUGUCGUGAGCUGGGCAAGCUGGGGUACAAUUUUUUCGCCGGAGCCAAUAGAAUCGCAAGCUACUGCUUGCGUGGUUCCUGCGAGGGGCCGAGGAAAAUACUCACAAGAGCGAGAACACGAGUACCAUAGCGGUGUUAUGGCGGAAGAAUCCCAGGGCGAUGCUAGAAAAGCGAUGACCAAGCAAGUCUCGUCGUGACGUUGUUGUCCACGACCGACCCUGCCAUCUCACUCUGCUGUCGUUGAGAGUACGUUGGUCGAACCAUCAUCGUGGUGAGGGAGGCCUUCGAACGCGUGGUAAAAAAGGACUGCACGUGCCCACACGCCGUGGAUUCUUCAUAUUUUCGGUUCAUGGCUUCACCGUUGUACAGAUCAACUUGUAUACAGUAAGGAGAUAUUGCAGAUCGAAGCGGUUUGAGCCGGCUUCAUGUAUGUACGGUCUUGAACUUGUUAUCUUGUUUUUCGAACGUCGGAUCACCUCGAGAGCGUUUACCGUCUUGUUUGGUUGCAUGCACGUGAUUUGCGAUUACACUCACUCUUCGUACAUGUCGUCCCUCGUGAGGUAGUGGUAUGGUUGCUCUUGUCCAUUGUUUUUCCGUGUCGGCUUGACAUUACAGUCGAUUCCGCUUUAAGGACGCACAUGGUUUU